AUGGAGAGGGAUUUCUUGGGUUUGAACUCAAAAGAGUCGGUGUUAGUGGUGAAGGAGGAGAUUAGUAAUGAUGGAUGCAAAGACUCAGGGUAUGCUAGUGGUGCAGGAGGUGCACAUUGGCCCUUCUUGAACAAGGUCUCUGCACUUCCUCAUUUGAUGUCUUUCAAAGCUGCUCAAGAUGAUAAGACUAAAAAGAUGGUAUCUGAGUCCUUCUUGUCUUCUGGAUUCAUGCCUAUCUCAACUGCAGAUGCAUUUGACCAUUGUCAAAAACAGGCUCCAUGUGAAAUUCAGAAUUACUUCAAUCACGAUAGGCAAGAUGGCACUCAUUUUUCCCUGACAGCUUAUCCUAUGCAACAUGAUGUGCAUUCUGUUCAUCGUCCCCAUGAUGCGAAGAUGAUUUCAGUUACCAAUCAAGGAUUUUCUGUUCCUGUGAGCAACCCUUUCUUCAAGAAUCACUUUGCUACUACUGGUCAGAAUUUUGCUGCCACUACCAUCAAGCAACAAUUGCAGGGAAUUCCUGUUACAGCUCCUUACUCAAUUCUUCCAGUUGCAGGGAGCACCGAACCACGGAACAAUUCCAAGAACUCUGGGUCUCCUUCACAAUUGACAAUCUUUUAUGCCGGCACUGUGAAUGUCUAUGAUGAUAUCUCCCCUGAGAAGGUUCAGGCUAUGAUGCUUUUGGCUGGAAAUGGUUCUUCCAUCUCCUCUAAUGCUGCACAACCAAAAACUCAAGCACCUAGUGCAAAGUUUCCAGUGGAAGAUGGUGUUCCUGUGAAUCAGCCAACAAAUACACCACCAUCUGGUCUUUCUAGCCCCUUAUCUGUUUCUUCACAUACUGGUGUCCAGUCAGUAAGUGGGUCCACAAACACUGAUGAGCUAAUGGCACCAAGAACAACUGGACAUCCAACCAGUCCUGUUAGCAAAAUGGAGCCUCCGAAAAUAGUAAAUGCAGUUGGAUCUGUUGCUGCAACUUCUUUGAUUCCUUCUGCUGUUCCACAGGCUCGGAAAGCAUCCUUGGCUCGAUUUUUGGAGAAGCGCAAGGAAAGGGUAAUGAUUUCCGCCCCGUACAACUUAAGCAAGAAAUGUCCAGACUCCAAUGGAGUGAAUUUCACCCAGCAGGGAGAACAACAAUGA